AUGAGGGUUACAGGACCAGGUGAUCGCAGGAGGAACCAUGCGUGGCUGGAAAUGAGGAGGCGUGAGAGGCGUUGGACUCGACGACAAAUCGAGGAGGAGGAAGACACCUCGGACUCGGAUGGCGAAACUUCUGGGGACGACUCUGGAGACGAUUCAUCUGAUGGCGAGGAUGAUGUACCGACGGUGCCCACACCAAGACCUCUCCUUCCCGUUCCCACGGUAGGGGCUGGCGCUGGGGUUAGUCUACUGCCCGUUCCCGGUACCCCCGCUCCCGUCCCUGGUGGGACAUUGGGUGCCGAUGAGGGCGGCGUCGAUGAUGGUCUGACUUCAGAGUCUGAUGGCAUCGACUCUGGCGACGAUGAUUCGCCGGAUGAGGACGAAGAGGAGGAAAAUGCUGUCCCCCCACCUCCCGUCGACGGUUCUUCGUCCACAUCGACAUCCUCCGUUGAUGGCCCUGCUCCUACCGGAAGCAGCUCAUCCAGCUCGCUUACGGCAUCUGCGACCAUCACCUCUUCCAGCACGAGUACUCAGUCUUCUAGCACCGUUACCGAGUCUGCUUCGGCACCCAGCACACCGACCAUUGACGACGUUUUGAUAUCGGUAACCGCGGAGCCAACCUCUUUGCCACCUUUGGCACUACCCGAAGUCUCCCCAACACCCGGGGCAACUGGCGGUGCUACAGUUGACCAGGAACAGCUCGGGGCAUCGCCAAGCAGGAUGAACGCAGGUGCGGCAGCAGGCAUCAUUAUUGGCACGCUUGCCAUCAUUGGAUGCUUGAUCGGCGCGGCUUUCUUCUGGCGCAAAUGGAGGCGUGAUCGCGGACAACCCUUCAUGCCCGCCAUUGUCCUGCCAUGGAAGAAAGAUAAAGACGGCUACGACUCGGAUGCUGCUCUAGCACCCCCUAAAAUCAACGAGAAAACCAACACGGCCAUCAUGGAUGAUCUCAUGAAGGCGGCAUAUCAAGCCGAGAACGGGAAUGACAUGGAAUAUUACGGAGGGUACCCACCCGACAAGAGGGAGCUCCACCCCAACAUGAUCGACGAAAAGGCCUAUGUUGCCCUGGCUGGGCAUCUCACCCCAAGGACCCCAAAGAAGCCCGUGUCGACCUGGCUGGGCGGUAUCGUGACACCCCGACAGUCUCAGGGCCCCGCGUUCCCCCCUAGUCCCAUGUAUUCCGAAGCUGAAAGACGCGAGAAUGAGAGACGACAAGUUGGGUCUACGAUUCCCGGAACGAUGGCUGUGCCCAAGCUGCAGCCCCCGCCUCCGGCCAAGGCAAGGACGACCAUGACUACGGAUACAACCAACACGAGUGUGAGGUGGUACGGUUAG